CUAAUUAUACUCUAAUUCCAUUUCACCAACUUCAGUCACUUCACAAAAUUGACUAGUUUUCCUAGUACGCCCGACCCAAUCAGUCAAUUAAUUGUGAGAAUGGCAAGCAUGGUAAAUCCUCCGAGGUCAGUGGAUCCUCUAGUUGUCGGAAAGGUGAUCGGAGAUGUUGUCGACAUGUUUGUUCCGGUGGUUGAAUUUACCGUCGAAUAUGGUUCCAAAAAACAAAUAUCUAAUGGAGUUGAAAUAAAACCGGCUGCAGCUGCACAAAGGCCUAGAGUUCAUAUCCAGGGUUCUCGUGACUCUAAUAAUCUUUACACCCUUGUAAUGGCUGAUCCAGAUGCUCCUAGUCCCAGUGAACCGACUUUUAGAGAAUGGCUCCAUUGGAUUGUCACGGAUAUUCCAGAGGGAGGAGAUGCCUCCGAAGGAAGGGAGGUUAUGGAAUAUAUGGGAGCUCAGCCACCAACAGGGAUACAUCGAUACGUGUUUACUUUGUUUAGGCAGACGGAGGCGGAGCAAGUGCCCCAUAAACCACCAGAAAGGCGUGUUAAUUUCAACACUCGCAAGUUUGCAAGCGACAAUGGACUCGGUCUUCCUGUGGCUGCCCUCUACUUUAAUUCACACAAGGAACAUGCUGCUGCAAACAAGAAACGUUAGCUAGCUACAAAUCACUACCCUCUCUACACUAUGUAUUUAUCAUGUUGCUAUAGGUUACAUAUAUGUGAAUAUAUAGCUAUGUAAUUUUUUAGCUUGUGCUUGUUGGCGAAGUACUCUUUCUAUGUAUAGCUGUGUUCACUAUGAAUAUACAUGUAAUGUUUUAUUAUAUGA